CGGCGCGGUGUGUUGCAUUGUGUUAUUUGAAAAAAAUGGCAGAGAUGAAGCCGGAAAAGUCGGAGAAGAAAGUCGAACUCAAGCGAGAACUGGGAUUAUUCAGCGCUGUUAAUUUCAUUCUCGCUGUUAUGAUAGGUUCCGGAAUAUUCGUUUCCCCGACGAGUGCCCUGGAGCGUUCAGGUUCCGUGGGGUUCUGCCUGAUAGUCUGGACAUCCUCUGGAAUCCUCUCUCUCCUCGGCGCCCUAGUCUUCGCCGAGCUGAGCACAGUGGUGCCCCGUUCUGGGGCAGAAUACGCCUACUUCAUCGAGGCCUACGGCCCCCUGCACCGCUACUUCGGGAAUUUACCGGCGUUCAUCUGCUCGUGGGUCUACGUCGUCAUCCUGAGGCCGGCUGAAGUGGCCGUGAUAAUCCUGACCUUCGCUGAGUACAGCAUCCAGCCCUUCCACGAGAUGCUCCCGAAAGGCAUCACUCCGGAGACCAUGAGCACCGUCAAGAAACUCAUCGCUCUCCUCGCCCUGGGACUCAUCACCUACAUCAACCUGACGAGUGUCAAGCUCUUCGUGAAGGUCCAGAACGUCUUCGUGGUGUGCAAAGUCCUAGCUUGCCUCAUCGUCAUAGGAGGAGGGGUUUACUGGCUGGCGAUGGGGAACACAGAACUCCUGAAGGAGCCCUUCAAAGGGACAACCAACUCCCCUGGGGACAUCGCCCUGGCGUUCUACAGCGGCCUCUGGGCCUAUGACGGCUGGUCCUCAGCAGCUGUUGUCACAGAGGAGGUCAAGAGGCCCGAGGUGAACAUUCUCAGGAGCAUUGCCAUCGCCGUUCCCAUCAUCACAGUUCUCUACGUCUCCAUGAAUCUGAUGUACAUGUCUGCCCUGUCCAUCCCCGAAAUGAUAGAAGCCCCAGCUGUGGCGGUUUCGUGGGCUGAAAGGGUCCUCCCCGGGUGGCUGGGGGUGACCAUCCCCCUUGGAGUCGCCAUCUCCACCUUCGGGUGUGCUCUGAGCCUGCAGUUUAGCGUCUCCAGGCUCUGCUACGUGGCGGGGCGCGAGGGACACGUCCCCAGGGUUUUUAGUUUCAUUCACGUCACCAAGAUGACUCCUGCCGCUGCAGUCGUUUUUCAGGGAUUCCUCGCUUUUGCUUGUGUUCUUGCUGGGGAUAUCACGACCCUCAUUGAAUUCGCUACGUUCUUGAUCUGGAUAUUUUAUGGACUUGCCAUGGGCGCACUUCUCAUCAUGAGGAGGAGCAAACCCGAGGCUAACAGACCCUACAGGGUGCCCACUGUCAUCGUUUGGCUUGUUCUACUGCUCGCGGUGUUCCUUGCCGUUGUGCCUAUUGUGGCCGAACCCUCGUGGAAGUAUCUUUUUGCGCUGCUGUUCAUUCUCGCCGGAGUCGCGAUCUAUCACUCGUAUGUUUUUAAGAAGAGGAGCAGUCGGAUUACACGUAAAUUCACAUACAUCACUCAGAUUCUGUGCCUCGUCGUAGCUCCAGAAUCGGUAAACGAAGACUGAUGAUAAUUUUAAUGAUAGGAAAAUAUCAACUAGAACUAUAAAUAAGUUUAAACAAUUUUUUAUCAAAAUUACGCAACACCUUGUUUACAACAAUAACGGAGAUAUGUAUCAGAUACUAUAAUUUUUGUAUAUAUAUAUAGAAGAAUGUGAAUGUGAAUGCCGUUUGCCAGCUCGAAGUACGAAAUGUGAUGUUUGUAAAAAUAUAAUUGAGUCUUUUCUAUAUAA